AUGUGGCUUACUGAUGCCCAAAAAAUUGGGGUUGCACUCACAUCGUUCGGAGUGUUCUUCAUGGCUCUUGGGGUGGUAUUAUUUUUCGAUGGUGGACUUCUGGCCCUUGGUAAUAUACUGUUCGUAUCAGGCCUAACAUUAAUCAUUGGGCCGCAAAAGACACUCUAUUUCUUUGCACGCAAGCAGAAGAUUCGCGGAUCAAUAUGUUUUCUCGGAGGGAUCAUCCUGGUCUUUUUAAAAUGGCCGUUUAUUGGAAUGAUUGUGGAGGCAUUUGGUUUCCUGAAUCUCUUUGGGGACUUCUUCCCUGUGGUGCUUACAUUCCUUAGGCAACUGCCAAUAAUUGGGACCAUUCUUAACUUGCCAUAUAUAAGACCGGCCUUGGACCGUUUAGUAGGCACACGCCAGACGUCUAUUGUAUGA